UCCCUUUUCACCCCAUCUCACACCUGGCAUGGCACCAAACUUGGCCCGAUAUGUGUGUGGUGCUUGCUUGCUUUACUCUUCCUCCGCCUCCCUCCUGUACGGAGUACACUACUGAUCUGGGUCCGCGCCACCACCCCGGGAAAGACCUGCAACAUACCGCACUAUACGGAACUACCACUACCUACUGCCGCUGCUACCACCUUGACUCUCACACUCAUACAUACUCCUCCCUCCACACACUCACACGCUUAGAGUACAGUACCCAAAAAAGCACGGCCAAUCUAUCACUGGUCCACAAUGUCCUCCUCCGUUUCUUCUUUGGUCUCAUCCACCGGCCGCCGCUCUUUAGGCAGAUGACACAAAGGCCCCCCAGAGACCAGAGACAACAUGCCACUCGUCACUAGUGGACCCUGACGGUUUCCUCAUGGUCUUGGUCACUAUUCACUAUUGACAAGCUGCUACUUCCGUGGCAAGGGUGUGUGUGUCCAUAUUUGUAUUCCUCCCCAUUCUUAGUCUGGUUGCCCAGAGCCUUCCUUCCUUUUCUCACACUACAUCAUAUUCAUAUACUCUCUCUCUGUCUCUCUCUCUCUCCUCUCUUUCUCUCUUUCAUUACAACAUGACCUGCUCUUGAACCCCCCAGACAUCUAUCGAUUUUCAGAGAUCACCUCGAGCCUUGACGGCACGCCCAACCUUAUACUCCGACCACCCUUCAUCCUUAUUCACCAUGAUGCUCACCUCAAGCGGCCCGGCACCACACGCAGCUGGCACCAUGCCCACCCACCUCGAUCUCACCUUACUCGAGGACGUCUCCCUACAAAUGGCCUCAUCCAAUCUCUCACGCCGACACUCAAAGGGGUCUAAUGCCUCGAGGAUAGGAGGAUCCAUGCGGAUAUCAAAAGCAAACAGCACGAACAACAGCCCGAGAAACUCGACCACACUGAACAGGAGGAGGACAGUUAUGGGCGACUCCUAUCGACGCCAGCCGUCGGCGGUGAACCAGGGCAUGUCGGCGUCAGGGGAACCAAGCCAGGCAUACCUCACACCAUUGCAGGCGGUAUCACAGACCAGGCCAUUGAGCUGGCACCCUUCGGCAUACUCAACAUACGACGUACCAUUCCAGCCAGUCUACAACACCGGUAUGACGGAUUACAGCAUGUCAUACAGCAACAGCCAGGACCUCCCCAACACACCCGCCCUGCAAUCAAAUUACGGCUCGCCUUCAGCAACCUUCUCCCCAGAAUCACAACCCUGGACCAACUACGACCAAGAAUACCCCCUCUAUGACACCUCCUCCAUCAUGCAACCUUCCUUCACCAACCCCAUGGCCGACUAUGCAGCCUACGCACAAUUGCAACUGCAGGUACAACAACAAUCCUACAACGACUGCAUGAACCCCUCCAUCUAUUCUCACUUCGACUGGAACAACUUCGCCGCCACCGGCUUCGAGGAUGGCACCGCCCCCCCAACACCCGAGAACUUCCUCCCAAUACAACACCCCGAACCACCGUGCGCUAUCGAAACCACAAUCCCCUACCACUCUCUCGACGACGAAGAGGACGAGGGCGAGAUCCUAGUCGGCAUGGGCCUGUACGAUGCGCCUGAGAAGGCACCCGUCACCGAUAUGCAGCAGUGGGAGCAGUACCAAACGGCCCUAAUUUCCAAGUACCUCGGCUCAACACAACGUGCUGCUGCUGAGUCGACGGGGAAGGGGCUGAAGCUUGAGGAGACCUGGAAUCCACCUGCGAGCGAGGAUGAGGAUGAAGAUCAGGAUGCGGAGGGCUCAGAUGAUGAUGAGGAGGAGCAGCAGCAGCCGGGGAAGCAGCAUGGGCAGGCACCUGCUGUUGUGAAUGGGAGUAAUCCCGCUGUGCAAUAUGAGGGGGAGGGAUGGCUGUGAAGAGCAUUAGACAUUAUCACCUGGCGUGAUGGGGGAUACUUGGGACGGCCUGGCGUUGGGAAUUGGGUUUUUGCAUUAGCAUUUGGCAUUUUUUGGGGGCCUGGGAUGGAAUGGGAUUGGGAGGAUAAGGGGCGUUUUCAACACCAACACCGGGAUGGUGGGUGGGAUGGUAGGAUACCAUUUACAUAGACUUGGGCGGGGGGUGCUUUUAUUAGCGUAGAACGGGAGGAACUCACGGAAUUGAGGGUUUACCACAGUAUAUUUAUGUGUUACCAUUAC